AUGACGGUGUGUAGCGUGUCAUCAUAUGGUCGGGAGCCUGCCAAACAUCCGCAAAGUCCGCCAGGCCAGAUCAUCAAUUAUGCCCUAACUUUCGUGACUCUGCACAUUGUUGGAGGAGCCGGCACGACUGCAGAUGCGUCCGUGGGCUUGGCAUUGGCACUUUACACUUGCCUCGGUCGGAAUCUCAUCAUGGGCCUCUGCGGUGCUGUUGACACCAUUUCUUCACAGGCCGCGGGCGCAGGUCGUCUGGACCUGCUGGGCCCUAUCUUUCGCCGAUCCUCCUGCUUUUUGCUGCUGCACCUCGUGCCGUUCAGCUUGUUUUGCCUUUCCUGUCUUUUCUGGCUGCCAUUGGUCACAGAUCCUGUCAUCGGCCGCGCCACGUCCCAGUUCCUGCUGUUGGUCAUCCCUGACCUUGCAGUGCAGUGCAUCUGGCGUCCAAUGAACCGAAUCCUGGCAUCUCAGCAAAUGACGUGCCCAUUCAUGAUCGUGUCGCUGCUGGUGCUUUUCUGCCACUAUGGCUUCUCGUCGAUCCUGAUUUCCCGCUUCGGCCCACUGGGAGCCGCACUCGCCACUUCCUGCAGUGGUUUUAUGACGCUGUUCUUUGGAGUAGUGGCUGUUUGGUUGGUGGGUGCAGGCCCGACCAUUUGGGGAGGGAGCUGCACGCCAGAAGGCAUGAAGCAAGCUGGAGCCAGCUGGGGUUCGAUUGCUUCCUUGGCAUAUCCUUCUGCAGCUAUGAGGAUGCUUGAGUCGUCAGGCUUUUCUGGUAUUGUCACGACCAGUGCGCUACUGCCGCUGGCCAAGAUCGAGGUGGACAUCAUGAGCUUGUCGCUAAAUGUUUAUGGGUGUCUUUUCACUUUGUUUCCGGCCAUUUCGAUCUGCGCUGACACACGAGUUGGCAAUGCUGUUGGAAAAGGCACGCCUUCAGCGGCAAAACGUGCCAUGUACGUGGCCACUGCGUUGACGCUUCCUGCUGCCACUGCGGUCUCAUUGGUCUUCGUCAUUCCUCAGUGCCGCACGCUGAUCGACCAGAUGGUUCGCGUCAGCGCUCUGGAUCCCAGGGUCGCUCAGGGCCUGAACACAGUGUACCUGAUCUUCGUUUGCGGAUUCUAUUACAUUGAUGGCCUCCAAACCGCACUUUCGGGUUCCAUCCGCGGCACCGGCCAACAACAGAAAGGUGCUCGAAUCUGCGUCUUGGCCUAUUGGGUCCUGGGCAUUCCAGCCGCAUUGAUUUUGGGAUUUGCUUGCGGCCUCAAGAGCACUGGCCUGUGGCUCGGAAUGUUGGUGGGGCCUACGGUGCAACUCAUCUUCUAUGCGAGGCUAUUGCUGAAGAUGAACUGGGAUGACAUUGCAGGCAGAUGCCAGCAACGCCUGCGUCGAGACGAGGGCAGGGAUGAUUUUAUCGUAGCCUGA